GGCUGGGCUGGGCUGGGCACGGCUCGGAGCGGUACAGCCGGAGCACCAUGAACCGCUUCAAGGCGUCCAAAUUCCGGCACACCGAGGCCCGGCUGCCCCGCAGGGAGGCCUGGAUCAGCGGUAUCCGAGCGGGCUCUGUCCCCUCCUGUGGGAACCACGUGAAGGCCAGCUGCCGCUGGAUCGCCUUCAACGCCGAGGCGGCCGGUGUGCUGGGCAUUGUGCCCCUGGAGUGUGAGGAUGGGGGCAAGAGGACCAUAUCUCAGCUCUGCUGCCACUCAGAUGUGGUCACAGACUUUGACUUCUCACCCUUUGAUCAGCUCCUGCUGGCCACAGGCUCUGCUGAUGAAACGGUGAAGGUGUGGCGCCUGCCCGAGAGUGGCCAGGACAUUCCCGGUGGCGCAGGGCUGACCCUGGGGCCCGGGGGGGCCCCGGUGGACGCGCUGCAGUUCCACCCCACGGCAGACGCUGUCCUGGCCAGCGGUGCGGGGAAGAGAGUCACCGUGUGGGACCUGGGCCAGCGGCAGCCCCUGACAGUCCUGGAUUCCCAUGGGGACCAGCUGCAGAGCCUGACCUGGAAGCGAGACGGGCGCCUCCUCGGCACCUCCUGCAAGGACAAGAAACUGCGGAUUUUUGACCCCCGAGCAGGCCCAGCUGCCUCCCAGAGUGUCCCAGGACACGACAACAACAAGGACUCCCGGCUGCUCUGGAUGGGCUCCAGCGAUUGCCUCAUCUCCGUGGGGUUCAGCCAGAUGCGGGAGCGGGAGGUGAAGCUGUGGGACGCGCGGAGGCUCAGCGGAGCGAUGUUCACCAUGGCACUGGACACCUCACCUGGGGUGACCAUCCCACUGUAUGACGCCGACACGGGACUGCUGGUGCUGGCAGGGAAGGGAGAAAACCUCCUCUACUGCUUUGAGGUGGCCCCCACACAGCCAGCACUCACCCAGGUGACCCAGUGCCGGACAGAGGGCAGCACGCGGGGCCUGGCGGCCGUGCCACGCCUGGCCCUGGAUGUCAUGGCCUGCGAGGUGCUCCGUGUCCUGCAGCUCACUGACACCGCCCUCGUCCCCGUCAGCUACCUGGUGCCACGCAAGUCUGUCCAGGAGUUCCACGAGGAUCUGUUCCCUGACUGCACAGGGAUGCUGCCAGCCACCGACGCCCAAGGCUGGUGGGCAGGGGACAGCCAGCAGGUGGGGAGGGUCAGCCUGCACCCUGCACGGAGACCCACAGAGACCUUCACAUCCCCCAUCAUUGCUGGCACCGGCCCCACCAACACCGGCCACACAGACACCGACACUGGCCACACAGACACCGACACUGGCCACACCGACGCAGACCAGAGCGAAGCCAGUGGCUACUCCUCACCGUCCUCACUGGCCUCACCAGGCAGCACGGCCACCUCACUCUCAGCCAGCACCGGCCCCUCCAGCGGCUUUGCCAGCAGCCCCAGCCAGAAGUCCCUGCAGAGCAUUUUGGGGCCCAGCUCCCGCUUCCGGCACGCGCAGGGCCGGGUGCUGCACCGGGACCAGCACCUCACCAACCUGCGCGGGCUCAGCCUCACCACGCCGGGCGAGUGCGACGGCUUCUGCGCCAACCAGCAGCGCGUCGCCCUGCCCCUGCUCUCUGCCGGCGGCCAGAUCGCCGUCCUCGAGCUCUCCAAGCCCGGCCGUCUUCCCGACGCGGCCGUGCCCACCAUCCAGAAUGGCGCAGCGGUGGCCGACCUCACCUGGGACCCCUUCGACCCGCGGCGCCUCGCUGUCGCGGGCGAGGACGCCAGGAUCCGGCUGUGGCGGAUCCCUGAGGGAGGGCUGCAGGAGACCCUGCAGGAGCCUGAAGCUAUUCUCCGAGGUCACACGGAAAAGAUUUACUCCAUCCGCUUCCACCCCGUGGCAUCCGAUCUCCUGGUCUCCUCCUCCUACGACAUGACCGUGCGGAUCUGGGAGCUGAGCGCCGGGCGGGAAGUCUUGUGCCUGCAGGGACACACGGAUCAGAUUUUCAGCAUGGCUUGGAGCCCGGAUGGGAAGAAGCUGGCAACGGUGAGCAAAGACGGACGGAUACGGCUCUACGAGCCACGGCACAGCUCUCAGCCUCAACAGGAGGGCCCAGGGCCCGAGGGGGGACGCGGAGCGCGCCUGGUUUGGGUUUGUGGUGGUGACUACCUCCUGGUGUCCGGCUUUGACAGCCGCAGUGAGAGGAGGAUCCUCCUGUACCGGGCACAGGCCCUGCCUGAAGGACCCUUGUCUGUCCUUGGUCUGGACGUGGCCCCUUCCACCCUCCUGCCCUUUUACGAUGAGGAUACCAGCAUCGUCUUCCUCACCGGCAAGGGUGACACCAGAGUCUUCCUCUAUGAAGUGACCCCCGAGCCCCCCUAUUUCCUCGAGUGCAACAGCUUCGCCUCCAAUGAACCCCACAAGGGCUUCGUCUUCCUGCCCAAAACGGCGUGCGAGGUGCGGGAGGUGGAGUUUGCCCGGGCGCUGCGCCUGGGGCAGAGCACCCUGGAGCCUGUGGCUUUCCACGUGCCACGCGUCAAGAAGGAGUAUUUCCAGGACGAUGUCUACCCGCCGACCCGCGUGUGGUGGGAGCCGGCCCUGGGUGCCGGUGCCUGGCUGGACGGGCAGGACGGGCAGCAGCGCCGCGCCAGCCUGCGCCCCGCAGACAUGGUGCCAGUGAGUGAGGCCCCCAAAGAGGCUCCCGCUCGGAAGUUCGUCCCUGCGUCCGUGUACCUGGAGGAGAAGACCGACGAGCAGAAGAAGGAGGAGCUCCUCAGCGCCAUGGUGGCCCGGCUGGGCAACAGGGACGACCCGCUGCCCCAGGACUCCUUCGAGGGCGUCGACGAGGACGAGUGGGCCAAGUACCUGGCACAGAUCAUUCUGGUGGGGGCCCAGGUGGUGGGACGGGCCUUCAUGCGGGCGCUGCGCCAGGAGUUUGCAGCGAGCCAGGCCGCAGCCGAUGCACGGGGACGCGCCGAGAGGCCCCAGUCUGCUGCUGCCUCCAGGAUCAUCGGCAUCAGCCUCCAGGAAGCUCAGCAGAUCCUCAACGUGUCCAGCCUCAACCCUGAGGAGAUCCAGAAGAACUACGACCACUUGUUCAAGGUGAACGACAAAUCAGUGGGAGGCUCCUUCUACCUGCAGUCCAAGGUGGUGAGAGCCAAGGAGCGGCUGGACGAGGAGCUGCGCAUCCAGGCCAAGGGCGACAAGGAGAAGGGGCGGAAAGCCGAGACGUGACUCCUGCCACCCCUGCCCCCCGUGCCCCUCACCCUUAACUUAUAGGUAGCCAAUAAACACCGUGUCCUCCAGCACGUGGCCUGGCUGCUCCACGCCCGGGGAGGGAGCGGGGACCUGCCUGCCCAGCAAUCCCUGCAGGGAUCGGCCCCUGCGAGGGGCUGCGUUUGCCCGGGGCGGGAGGAGGAGGAGGAGGCAGUUGGGGAAGAAGGGGUGUCCCCAGGGCACUGAGGCUGCCAGGGCUCAAAUGGCACUGGGGGAGGCUGCAGGAGCUAUUUUUGGUGGGGAGGUUGGAUGCUCUUGGAUGGAGCGCACGGCUACCUCUGGCUCCAUACCCUGGGAGUGCUGUGCCGUUACCUUCUCCCAGCGUGGAUGGCUGCUGGCUCGGGGUGAGGGGCUGUGAGGGGACACGCUGUGGCUGUCCCCACCUGCAGCUCACCCCGCCGAUGCUGGCAGGCUUUCACUGGUGCCGAGGCCGCCUGAGCAGGAGCGUGGGGACACGGCUGGGGGUCAGGCAGGGUCAGCUGUGCCCCCAGGGUCACACCCGUCCCCCCCCUGCACCCCUCUGUCCCCAGCGCCGUUGGCACCACGACCAAGGGCUGAAACAGGAACUUACUUCAACUUCACUUUAUUGUUUUCUUAAUAAACUUCCUCUCCCCUGGACGAA